AUGAGUCUGAUCAGUUGGAACUGCCGGGGUUUGGGUGGCACCCGGACAGUUCGAGAAUUGUUGGGCAUUGUGGCCCAACAGCGACCCUUGUUCGUCUUCUUGAUAGAGACGAAAGCGUGUAGUGAUCGAGUGGAGGAAGUGCGAGUGCAAUUAGGAUUUGAGGGGGCUUUCUGUGUGGAUCGUGUUGGCUUUGGAGGCGGGCUGGCUCUGUUCUGGAGAGAUGCGAAUGUUGCAAGCCUAUUAAGCUACUCCAUUAAUCACAUUGACAUGGAGGUAACGAUUCCAGGGACAUCGGCAUGGAGAUUUACGUGCUUCUAUGGCGAACCGGAUAGAUCACAGCGCCAAGUUACGUGGGACCUCUUACGCCGGCUGAAAGAUCAAUCUGCGCUCCCAUGGUUAGUAGCGGGAGAUUUUAACGAUAUAGCGUGCUUGUCGGAAAAAAGAGGUGUUCACUCGCAUCCUGCAACACUGAUUGAAGGUUUUAACGACGUCCUCGGAAACUGUCAACUUCAUGACUUGGGUAUGAUGGGAGGGAAUUUUACAUGGGUGAAAGGCCGGGGAACGAACGCAUGGGUGGAGGAACGACUGGGCAGGGCCGUAGCAACUACAGACUGGUUGGAGUUAUAUGACCACGCUCAGGUACAUAAUAUUUAUAUGCGAUCGUCGGAUCACUGUGCAAUUGCCGUAGACGUUGAGACGCGCCCGGUGCGUGCGGCGUUACGAGCAUUUAAGUUCGAAUCGGCGUGGUUACUGGAGGAGGGGUGUGCGAAAGUUGUUGAUGAAGCCUGGCGGAUGUCUAUUGGGCAGGAUUUUCAGGAGAGGCUGGCGGUUUGUGGUGCAAGGAUAUGGAAAUGGGGAGGGGAACAUUAUCGGCAUUUUGGCGCACGAAUUAGAACUCUGCGACGCACAUUGUCCAGACUCAAGGAGGAUCGUACGUCUGAUGGGGUAGAGGAAUUCAGAGCAGCCGAGGUAGAGCUGGAUGCUCUCAGCCAGGCAGAGGAGCUAUAUUGGAAACAGAGAUCGAAACAACUCUGGUUAACACAAGGGGACGCAAAUACGAAGUACUUCCAUAAAGCAGCUACAAUUCGACACAGACGAAACACUCUCACCCGUAUCAAAAACCAGACUGGCGAUUGGGUGGAGGGCUCGGAUCUGCAUGCGGAGAUAUUAAGGUAUUAUGAUACAAUUUUCUGUUCCGAGCAUAGCACAUCGGCUAUUUUUGCUAGUGUCAGUCAAACUGUGACGGCCGAGAUGAAUGCUUGUCUGUUACAACCAUUCACUAUAAUUGAUGUAAAGGCCGCUUUAUUUGAUAUGGCCCCUGAGAAAGCGCCGGGUCCAGAUGGACUCUCACCGGCUUUCUUUCAACAUUUUUGGCCGGUUAUAGGCCAUGAUCUAGCUGUCUUUGUUAUUGGUUGUGUCGAGAAUAAGGACUUCCCACGGGGACUUAACGAGUCCAAUAUUGUCUUAAUCCCCAAGAAGAAGAUCCCGGAGAGGGUCGCGGAUUUGCGGCCAAUCGCGCUCUGUAACGUGGUUUACAAAGUGCUGGCUAAGAUGUUAGCCAACAGAUUGAAGAGUUGUUUGGGUCAAGUAGUGUCACAAUCGCAGAGUGCGUUUGUUCCCGAGAGACUCCUCACAGACAAUAUUAUAGUGGCUAGUGAAAUUGGUCAUUAUCUUCGUAGGAAAACUAGGGGAGUCAUGGGGUGGGCGGCGCUGAAGCUAGACAUGGCUAAAGCGUACGACCGCAUGGAGUGGUCUUUUUUGGAAGGGAUGUUGGGGGCGUUGGGGUUUGAUAGGGGCUGGUCUGACUUAAUUAUGCUGUGUGUUCAAACUGUGAAUUAUGCUGUGUUGGUCAACGGGGAGGUAGUGGGCCAGGUGUGUCCGUCUUGGGGGAUUUGCCAGGGGGACCCGUUGUCACCCUACUUAUUUAUUCUAUGUGCAGAGGGUCUAUCAAUUCUUCUACAACAGGCGAAGGCUCGUGGGGAGAUUCAUGGUGUGAGAGUGGCCCGGGGAGCCCCGGCCAUUCCUCAUUUAUUCUUUGCUGACGACAGCUUGCUGUUUUUCAGGGCAACCCAACAGGAAGCUUUACGAAUUAAAGGCUGUCUUGACUUGUACUGUUUGGCCUCGGGACAACUGAUUAAUUAUGAAAAGUCAGUCGCAGUUUUCAGUCUAAACAUGACACCACAAGUACGAGAUGAGGUUAGUGAGUGUUUGGGGGUCCAUGUAGCACAUGACCUGGGACGAUACUUGGGGCUUCCGUCUGUGCUCGGCCGAAAUAAAACAGCGAUCUUCAAAUACAUUGAGGAGAAUAUACGGACCCGUAUGGGGUUAUGGACGCAUAAAUUCUUGUCCCGGGCAGGUAAAGAGGUUCUUCUCAAAAGUAUCGCGCAAGCUCUACCUAUUUUUACAAUGUCAUCCUUCUUACUUCCCCUACGUGUUUGUGACACUCUAGAGAAGCUGUUUAAUCGGUUCUGGUGGGGAGGGGGUGGUACGGGCAGUCGCGGUAUUCAUUGGCUAAGCUGGUCGCGGAUGUGUGAACCAAAGUCAGAGGGUGGGCUUGGCUUCAAGAGACUUCAUGAAUUUAACUUGGCAUUACUGGCCAAGCAGGGCUGGCGAUUGUUGAUUCAUCCAACUUCUUUGGUCAGCCGUUUGCUCAAAGCUAAGUACUACCCCACAUCGGAUUUUAUGGGAGCACAUUUGGGCAACAAUCCGAGCUUUAUCUGGCGAAGCAUCAUGGCUGGUCAGCAAGUGUUGCGAUUAGGCCUUGCAAGACGCAUUGGUGAUGGUAUGGACACAACAAUCUGGGGUUGGAAUUGGUUGGCAGAUUCGACGAAUACUCCUCUACACACCCCGAGUACCGAGUACUUGCAGGAGGCUAGAGUUGGAGGCUUAAUGGAUAAUCAAGGGCGGUGGGACCGUGAGGUUAUCCGUGAUCUGUUUGUAGCGGAGGAUGUCCAUCGCAUACUGGCUACUCCUGUUAACAUUCUGCAUAAAGAUGUCUGGAGGUGGGUGGGAGACAGCAAAGGAAGGUACACAGUUCGGCUUGGUUAUCAACUCCUUACAAACAGUACGAUGCAGCACGAUGCUUAUGGAGAUUUUCGGGCGUGGAAAAAGUUGUGGGCUUUGCCUAUUCCUCCUACCGUGAAGAAUUUUCUGUGGCGGUGCGCUAGAGAUAUAUUACCAGUUCGGGAGAAUCUGCGACGUAAGAGAGUAUGGAUAGGGGGUGGGUGUCCUAUGUGCAAUCAUGAAGCGGAGACAGCUCAACAUUUGUUCUGUGAGUGUGUAUUCGCGAGCACCGUUUGGGAAGCUGUUGAUGUGCUGCAAGGGAGACAACUUCUGUCAUUCAUGGAUCAUACCAUUGGCAACUCACCCACGCUCACGGCUGUUAAAUUGGCUGCAGUGUUCUGGACCAUCUGGAAGUGCCGGAACGAUGUAGUGUGGAACGCGAAAGUUGUAUCCACAUUGGAGGCUAUUAAUCGGGCGAGGCAGUCUCAAGUGAUCUGGGCGUCCGCCUAUUCGAAGGCUCCGAGAGCAACUAGGGUCGCUGAGAAUGCUGGGGUCUGGGUUCCGCCAGCCGACGGCACUCUCAAGUGCAACAUUGAUGCGGCUAUUUUCGCAGAGGGGGCGAGCUUUGGCGCUGUUAUCCGAGAUCACACCGGUGGCUUUGUUGCGGCGAAAAGUGGAUGGCUCGGGGGAGUUAAUGACCCGUUUCUAGCUGAGGUUAUUGCAGCCAAAGAAGCCUUAACUUGGCUUAAAGAUCAAGAUCGUGCAAACUACGUGUUGGAAUCUGAUUGUUUAAAUUUUUGCAAUGCUUUUAAUUCCAGUAAUGUUGAUUUUUCUUAUGUAGGGUUAAUUAUUAAGCAAUGUUUGUCGAUUGCUAAUGAUAUGGGGACUGUUAAAGUGGUCCAUAUCAAGAGAACAGUGAAUCGUGUGGCUCAUGAGCUUGCUCGGGCAACCGUUUCUGAAUCUGUCUCGGGAGUGUGGGAGUCUAUCCCGCCGGCUUGUAUCGUUCAUUUAUUCAGUCAUUAA